AUGCCUACCAGGCUUGAAGAGCUUUGUGCCGAGCCACUGGAGUUUGAAGUGCCGGGGGCGCCUCCUGAGCCAAGUAUCGGUGGCGCGCCGCCGAGUCCGCAGAGGCCAGAGUUUUCGGAGAAUGAGCUCCUGAUACGCUGGGCGCUGGCGAGGUUAGACUGUCCGGCAAACUUUGGCUGGUCGGUUGUCGACGAGGACGAGGACGAAUUGCUUUGCCGAUGCGGGGGUGGCAGCCACCACCUCAACAUGACUUCGGUUACGAACAUACUUGCGCCAUUGGGGUACUCGAAAGAUGUCUUCAGAUCGCACGUGGACAGAACCCGCAGCAAGUAUGUUCAGAGGAACAUGAUCGAGCUCGUCAACGGCUUCCUCCAGGAGCACGCUGGGCAAAAGCCGGAGAAUCUAGAGGAGGUGGCCAGCCAGGUGGGUGCAGCCAUCGAGGCGGAAGAGAUGUUCACGAAAACCACAUCUGAGAAAUUCUGCCUUCAUGUAGAGCAAGAGAAAGCGGAGAAGGGAGACAAGCGCUACCAGAGUGAACUGCAGAAGUACCGAGGGCUCCAGGAACAGUAUGAAGGCAAGAUGGAGAUGGAGCGAAGACGACUGAAGGCGGAGUGGGAACAAGCGUGCAAGUACCGGAAGCAAGUGGAAGCAACCAGAAAGGACAUCCAGGCCAAGAUGGAUGAUAUGCGUGAACAUCAGCGCCGCCUCACGCACCGACAGCAAGAGAUCUGCGAAGCCUUUCCCAAAGCAGUGGAGAAGGGUUGGGAGGAAGCCUUCGUGGACCAUGUCCUCUCCUUGGCUGAGCUUGUGACCGGAUUUCCGCGCCAAGAGCGCCGCUCCGUGGAGGAGGCAGAUGAUGCAAUCCAAGCUGCUCGGGGAGUUAACGAGGAGCACCGGCAAGCCUGGGAGAACUGGCGCACGCGCUGGUCGGAUGUCCCCGAAGUUCUCAAGACGGUGGCGCAGGCUGAGCCCAAGGUGAGUGCGGAGGAGAAAGCUAGGAUGGAGGAGUCCGUGCGGUCUGCGGCAUCUGCUCUGAGAGCAGACUUUGCGACCAAGAUCAGUGCUGUGGUCCCGGAGCGCCGAGCCUUCUUCGAGGCAAAGUUGGAGGAAGUGACCAGGCAAUGGAAAGAAGUUGGGGGACGCUGA